GGAGGAUUCUGCAGCUGGGAACCAGCCCUGACCGAGUGUGGGAGCUCCCAGUGCCUCAGCAGCCAUGAACGUGAAAACGGUGCUCAUCCUCCUCGUUCUGGCUUUAGCCACAAUAUUUGCCUUAGUCUGUGUGCUGCUGACCAGAGGAAGGGCCCCCAGCCCCUGCCAGCACCAGCCCCCAGAGCAGCAGGACACCGGUGACAGCCAGAGCCUGAUCUUUGCCGACCUGACCCCCGAGGAGAUGGUGCAAGUGGUGCGGUACCUGCAGGGACACCUCGGGGUGCAGCUGGUCGACGCCUCGCUUGCAAAGCCCUCCGAGAGCUGCAUCGCCUCCAUCGACGUCCAGAUCCCCCCCAAGGCUGAGGUGCUGCGGUUCCUGGAUGAGGGAGGGGCUCGUCCCGCCCGGGAGGCCUUGGCUGUGCUGUACUUUGGGAACCAGCCGAACCCCAACAUCACCGAGUACGUGGUGGGGCCGCUGCCGACGCCAACGUAUCACCGGGACGUGACGGUGCAGAAGUACGGGGGGAAGGUGCCGUACCACCGCAGACCUGUCACUGCCAAGGAGUACUCGGAUAUCAACACCCUCAUCCAGCAGGAGCUGAGGAAGGCACCGCGAUUCCUCACUGCGUGCUGUGAGUCUGAUGGGACUGACCUUGCCAUCCUCACCACGGCGCCGCGGGGCUUUAGGUCUGGUGACCGUGCCACCUGGUUUGUCCUCUUCCACAACGUGGCUGGCACUGGCUAUUACCUCUCACCGGUGGGGCUGGAGGUGCUGGUGGAGCACAGGGACCUCCACGUCUCCCGUUGGCAGCUUCACAAAGUCUUCUACAAUGGCCGGUACUUUGCCAGCAUGGGGGAUCUAGAGAAGGCGUUUGUGGACAACUUGCUGGAGGUCAUCAGGAUUGAGAAGCCCCCAGCUGAGGGGGUGCUGGGCUCAAUGAGACCCCGGCACCCACCGGGCUCCAUGGAGCCGCUGCAGUACGAGCCCCAGGGUCCCCGCUACCGUGUGCAGGACAACCGUGUCACCUUCCAGGGCUGGAGCAUUGCCUUUGGCAUGAACCCCAACUCUGGCCCUCGCCUCUUUGACAUCAGGUACCGCGGGGAGAGGAUUGUCUACGAGCUGAGUCUCCAGGAAGCCUUAGCCCUGUAUGGCUCCAACUGCCCCGGGGGCAUGUCCACCCGGUACCUGGAUGGGAGCUUUGGCAUUGGCAGGUUUGCCUACGAGCUUGUCCGUGGCCUCGACUGUCCCUACACUGCAACCUACGUGGACCGGCACUACCUGGCAGAGUCAGAGACCCCCAAAACCAACCAAAACUCCCUCUGCAUUUUUGAGCAUGAUGCUGCUCUCCCUCUGCGGCGCCACUUCUCUGACUCGCAGUCCCUGUACUACGGUGGGCUGCGGAAAAACACUCUGGUCAUCCGUACCAUCUCCACUCUCCUCAACUAUGACUACAUCUGGGACUUCAUGUUCCACGCCAGUGGGGCUGUGGAGGUCCGGGUGCAUGCCACAGGCUACAUCAGCUCUUCCUUCCUCCACGGCCGAGGCACAAACUACGGCAACAGGGUUGGGAUGCACACACUGGGGACGAUGCAUCUCCACCACAUCCACUACAAGGUGGACCUGGAUGUUGAUGGGCAGCUGAACUCUGUGGAGACCCAGGACAUGGAGUACGAGCUUGUGAAAGCCCCCUGGAGCCUGCAGAACACCAUCGAGCGGCCGUACCUCCGCAGGGAGAGGCUGGAAAAGGAGGAUGAGGCUGCAUUCCUGCUCAAAGCCCCCCUGCCCCGCUACCUCUCCUUCGCCAGCCCCAAGACCAACAAGUGGGGGCACCCACGCAGCUACAGGAUCCAGAUCACCAGCUUGUCUGGGGAGCAUCUGCCCACCAGCAGCCCCAUGGAGAGGGCCAUCAGCUGGGGCAGGUACCAGCUGGCUGUCACCCGGAGAAAAGAGGAGGAGCCCACCAGCACCAGCAUCUACAACCAGAACGACCCCUGGACACCCACUGUUGCCUUUGCUGACUUCAUCAACAAUGAGACCAUCACCAAUGAGGACCUGGUUGCCUGGAUCUCUGUGGGGUUCCUGCACAUCCCCCAUGCUGAAGAUGUCCCCAACACGGUGACCGUGGGGAAUGGUGUUGGAUUUUUCCUGAGGCCCUACAACUACUUCGAUGAGGACCCCUCAGUGGACUCACCUGACAGCAUCUACUUCAGCAGGGAGCAGGACCUGGGUGUGUGCAGCACCAACAGGCUGGCCUGCCCACACCCUGCCUGUGCCCCCCUCCAGCCCCCCUUCCACUACGGGGGCUUCCUCAACCUCAGCCUGGCCCUACCACCCAACAGGCUCUGAUGGGGAUGGGGCUGCUGUUGUCCCCAUCCCCACUGGUACAGGUGGCCUGGGGGACAGCUGAGGGGCUCUGGCUCUGAGAGACUCAAAGCCUCUCGAAAACAGACCCUGGGAGUGACUUCUGGAGCCUUGAUCCCAGAGGGCACCCAAAGGGCUAUGGGUGCCCACAGCCACUCUCCUUCUCUGGCACCAUAGCUCCUGCUGCUCCCCCAAGGUAGGUGGGUGCACGUGGGGUGAUGGUGCUGACCAGGGCUGCACACAGCCACAGCUCCCCUUGGAGCCAUGCUCCACACCCAGCUUGUGCCCAGGGUGGCUGGAGCAGGGGCCACGGUGACCAACAGCUCCAGGAUGCCCAAAACAUCCACCCAGCCCCAUAGCAAUGCUGUGCUCUGCCUGACGUGAUGGUGCCAGGCUCUGGGGACAGGGACAACAUGAGGAGCACCCUGCAGAGCUGCAAGAUGGGCAGUCCCUGGGCUGGGCUGCCCCAUGUCCACCCUCCCCAAUAAACACAACCCAGUGUGGGUUUUUUUUUAAGCAAAC